CUGUCACAGCUUCUGCCAUCUCUGAGUCUGCUCACCACUCCCGCACACAUCGCUAUACCUCGUGAAAGAGGUCUGCAACAACACCUAGGUCACUUCUUCGAAAUGCGUAGUCCUGUGGUCGCCGUCUCUCUCUUCGCGGCAGCGGCAGUCGUCUCGGCGUCCACAAAUGGUCUCCCAAACUCUCCAGACCUCGGUUCAAACACUCUGUCACCUAAGCUGGAUUUAGAAGGCUCUGGACUGAAGAACAAUCUGCAUCAUCGAGACGCCGGACCUGGAGCUGGGCUGGGGAUCUCACAGUCGGGUGCAAGUACUCCUCACCAGAAGCGGACUCCUGCUAGGCAACACUCAAACAAUGCGGAAGUGGAAGCAAGGCCUGCUGAACAUGCUCCCGCGCCGCCCCCGCGGCCGCAGCGCCCCAUUACUGGCGGAGCAACUGGAUGUGAUGACCCCUCCACUACGUCGGAAGAGUCUGUCAUCGCGAAUGCUUUGAACACUGGUAACGAGAACGGCGGGGUUUCUUGCUCCAGUAGCGUAAAGGGUGCUUCUGCAGACAGCGGUGGUCAAGACUCUGGCCCCGACGCGAACUCCUCGGACGCUGGGCCUACCGACGGAAGCGAUGUCCUUAAUCAAGAUCUUGACGGAGUCCUCAACCAAGGUCAAGACGGUGGGACAUCCGUGAGCGAAAGCGUCAAUGGUGACAAUGCCAACACGGCACCGGUGGCUGCUUCAUACGGCACUGGCACAUACCCAGGAUAUGGCGGGACGCGGACGACGCCUCAAGUACCCCGUGGCCUUAGUACUCUCACCCCUCAGGACGCCCAGAAAUCCCUGUACGAGCUGGUGAACGGAACGACCAGAGGUGUCUCGACGCGCAACUUGCAAAGAGAGGAUUCCUCGGAUGGGACGUUGUUGGACGAUGCUGACCCCGAUCUGAACGGUGCACCCGGAGAAAGCAUCUAUGGCGACGCAAUUCCUGGCAGUGGUCCUAACGGAGGCCACGCUUACCCCGGCAAACCAGGCCCCAGCGACGGAGGGCGAGUCAUCGAAUCUGGGAACGUCGAAGACAAUGGUUCAAACACCCCUGGGGCCGGCGGUCUCUCUCGCAGCGGAACUGCAAGCGGCGGCAACGGACGUACUUGAUUCUAGUGUGGCCCUAUCUCCAUCCUAGCUGGUUUCAUCUUGUCUUGUCCAUCUUCUCGUGACAUGUAUGAGUGCAUUGAAUAGUAUCGAUACACAUACUCCUUUGAUAAUGC